GAUCUUCUGUCAUUUCCACCAGAGGGGUAUUGAACAGAGUCAAUAUAUAUACUCUCCAAGGCUUAUCUUUCUCCUGGUUGGACAAGUCUCCGCUAUUAGAUUUCUUUAUUUGUUUCUUCUUCAAAAGCCCAAUUUCUCCUCCUCAACCCCUCGAAAAUUAGUGUUGAUCAGUGGACUCCAUUUUCCGGGUCUUGCUCCGAUCAAGCAGUCCAGUUCGGUAUUCUAUUCCAAGUGCAGAAAAUGAAGGAAAUGUCGCUGGGAGUAUUUGUGUUGGUUUGGUUCGUUGUUUGUGGGUGUUGUUUGAGCAAGUUCGUGGUGGAGAAGAACAGCUUGAAGGUGGCUUCGCCGGAGUGGUUGAAAGGGGUUUAUGAGAGUUCGAUUGGGAAUUUUGGGGUUCCCCAAUAUGGGGGUACCUUGGUGGGCACUGUUGUGUAUCCAGAAGCCAAUCAGAAGGCCUGCAAGAGCUUCAAGGAUGUCGAAAUCUAUUUCAAAUCCAAACCUGGUGGCCUCCCAGUCUUUCUUCUUGCCGACCGUGGAGAUUGUUACUUCACCUUGAAGGCAUGGAAUGCACAGAAUGCUGGAGCAGCAGCUAUUCUAGUGGCAGAUCACAGGACUGAACCUUUGAUCACCAUGGACACCCCAGAAGAGGAGGAUGCACUGGCAGAUUAUUUGAAAGACAUUAACAUUCCAGCAGCACUUAUUAGCAAGGAUUUUGGUGAUAAAAUAAAGAAAGCUUUAUCCAGUAAUGAGUUGGUUAAAAUCAACCUUGAUUGGACAGAAUCUCUUCUACAUCCUGAUGAACGGGUUGAGUAUGAAUUAUGGACAGAUAGCAAUGAUGAGUGUGGACCAAAAUGUGAUAAUCAUAUUGAGUUUCUCAAGAGCUUUAAAGGAGCAGCUCAGAUUCUUGAAAAAAACGGGUACACUCAAUUUACCCCACACUACAUAACUUGGUACUGCCCAGAGGCUCAUCGUUUGAGUUUACAGUGCAUGUAUCAAUGCAUCAAUUAUGGAAGGUAUUGUGCUCCAGAUCCCGAGCAAGACUACCGAACAGGGUAUGAUGGGAGGGAUGUUGUUGUUGAGAAUUUACGUCAAGCUUGCCUUUUCAAGGUGGCCAAUGAAAGUGGAAAACCUUGGCUUUGGUGGGACUAUGUGACUGACUUUGCAAUCCGUUGCCCAAUGAAGGAGCAUAAGUACAACAAGGAUUGUGCGAAUGAAAUUAUCAAAUCACUUGGGAUGGAUGUCAAGAAGGUAGAUGAAUGUAUUGGAGAUACUGACGAAGAUGUAGAGAACCCUGUUCUCAAGGCUGAGCAAGAAGCACGGGCUGACAAAGGCCUGCGUGGUGAUGUCACUAUGUUGCCGACUCUUGUCAUAAAUAACCGGCAGUAUAGAGGUAAGAUGGAGAAGAAUCCUGUUCUGAGAGCUAUCUGUUCAGGUUUCCAGGAGACAACUGAGCCCCCAAUUUGUUUAACUGAAGAUAUAGAAACAAAUGAGUGUCUAGUAAACAAUGGUGGAUGCUGGCAGGAUAAAACUGCUAACAUCACUGCAUGCCGGGAUACUUUUAGAGGGAGAGUCUGUGAGUGCCCAGUUGUGCAGGGUGUAAAGUUUGUAGGUGAUGGUUAUACUCACUGUGAAGCUUCAGGUGCUUUACGGUGUGGAGUAAAUAAUGGGGGCUGUUGGCGGGAGACCCGGGACGGCAGGACCUAUUCUGCAUGCAUUGAUGAUCAUUCAAAAGGUUGCAAGUGUCCGCCAGGGUUCAGGGGUGAUGGAGUCAACAAAUGUGAAGAUAUUGACGAAUGCAAAGAAAAUUUGACCUGCCAAUGCCCAGAGUGCAAAUGCAAGAAUACAUGGGGAAGUUAUGCGUGCAGCUGCAGCAGCAAUCUAUUGUACAUGCAGGAAUAUGACACAUGCAUAAGUAACGAUGUGAAGACAAAGGUUAGCUGGGGGCUUGUUUGGGUUGUUAUUCUCGGCAUGGCCUUUGCUGGUUUGGGUGGAUAUGCCAUCUACAAGUACAGAAUCCGGAGCUACAUGGACUCGGAGAUUCGGGGUAUCAUGGCUCAGUACAUGCCUUUGGAUGAUCAAGUGGAGGUGGUCCCUAACCGUGUAUCUCAAGCCGGUAUAUGAGGGGAUGGAUGGCUCCACUCAAGAUCCCGCGGUCACCGUGUAUUAUUUUUACUGACCAGAUGCAGACGGCAGUGUCUUCGAUGUAUCGGCCUCCUUUGUACCUUGUUGAGAUUAUAGAGUUGUGUUGUUCUAUUUCUUGUAUUUGUGUGUAGACACCAAACCGAACCAAACUAAGCUCACAUACCGAGAUUUAGUGUGAGUUUCUUCCCUUACCCCACGGCCCCCUCUUGUCAAAUAUAGCUCGAGAAUCUGCCCUCCUAUAUCAUACAUGCAAUAAACCCCAGUCGGCAAAUGGUCAUUUGUAUGCUGUCGCUCCAUAAUUAAGGUUGUUGCAAGUAAAAUUCAUGUUCUUCCUCACAUUAAUUAA